AGACAGCUUCUGGGAACAGCUCUCCGCCUCCCAGCUUCAUCAGGCCUCCCUCUCUCAGUCCAGAGCUCAAGGUCAAGGGUGCGCACGGCCAGAAACUUGCUCUGCAGAAUGCCACCUCGCCUCAAGCAGCAGCGCUAGGAGCGUGCGAUGAUGACGGGGAGGACGAAGACCAAAGCGACUGUCUCUCAGAAAUCGUCGAGCGGCUAUGAAGAGCGUCCCGCUCCAGCUUCGGCCAGUACAACGGUCGACAUCAACCUUGACCACGCUUCGGAGCUCUUCAUGCACCACAUCCGCAAGAUCGUUUCUGCCCAAACGGCGCGCGGCGAUCAUGCCGAGGCCCAAGCGGCAAAGCUUGGAGAGAGGGUCAAGACGCUGGAGGAGCAGGCACGUGACAGUGAAAGCAAGUACGCGCAAGCCGAGAAAGAUGCCAAGAAGUUUCUCGACGUGGCGAACGAGAACAUAGAGAAACUGCAAGAAGAAGUUCGCGGCCUAAGUCGAAAGGUGGAAGAGACACAGGCUGCGAGCGAAAAAGAGAAGGAGGAGAGACGCGAGGAAAGGAAAGAGUAUGAGAGGAUACUGGACGCAGAAAUCGCGGCUCGAAAAUCUGCGGAAGGAAGUCGCGAUCAGGCCCGCGAAGAGCUCGCAGCUCUUCACAGACAGAACGAGCUUCUUCGCGAGAGAGAUGAAGCUCGCGCGAAGAAUUUCGAGCAGGUAGUCAGUCUUGCUAAGAGGCUGAACCAAGAUUUCAGCGCUGCGCUCAAUGAGGCGCUGGAAGAAGCUCGCGCCGUCCCCCAGCAAGAGCUACCUGCAGCCGCCGAGUGACCCUGCCGACCUGCCUUCCUCCCCUUUUCCCCUGGUCCCUUCCCCCUUCCCGAUCCCUGUCCUCGCGACUUCGCCACUCGUACGCACGACCCCGUCAGACAUCACCUGAACCUCAAUGCACAAAGUUCCCCGCGAAGUUGGCUGACCUCUUGUGACACCGUGUAUCGCGAGGCUAAGAGCACGUUGCGAUGCCAGUCUGUCAACGAGAAGGCCUUUGCGCGCGACUUGAGCGGGGUUUUCGAGCUUUUCAGUGCCUUUCAAAUGCACUUGUAUACAGCAGUCUGUCAGGUAUCGAGAUGGCCGAGGUAUUCAGUCAUUGCUAGCCCAACGAUGGGCAACAGGCGAAAAGCAGCGUCGCAAGA